AUUUGAUGGGAGAAUGAGAGAUAAACGGGAAAAUUAGAAAUAGUAAUAUCUGCCGUACGUUGUCAUAGCAACAUGUUAUUGACGUUGACGAAGGCUCGAGCAAAUCAGAUCAUGGCAAACAGUGAGAAAAUGUCUUGAUAAAGUCUUCAUCUACUCGUGUGUUUUAUAUGUUUAUGAUUUUACAUUUGUUUUACGAUGGAUGCGACAAAAAAGCCAUUGCUAAUUCCUCCUGAAUUUUCAAACUACGCCGAGAAACAUGAAAUAUUUCAGACAAUUGAGCAUCUUAUAGAAAAACUUAUAAUCAGCCAACCAGAUGAUCCUCUGCAAUUUCUGGUCGAUGUUCUUCAGUAUGACGAAAAUGUCCCACAGAUUGUUAUCCAGGGGGCUCCUGCUUCUGGUAAAAGAACAAUAGCCAGAAUGAUUGCAAAGUCUUUGGGAUGUGUGCAUUUAAAUAGUGAUCAUUUGACAAAUCUUGAUUUUUCUCAAGUUGCAAGUAAACCUUUGAACUCACAAAAGGAAUUUCCUACAGAUCUUUGGUUAAAGAUGAUCAAAGAACAACUCAAGAAAACUAAUUGUAUUGAAAAGGGUUGGAUCAUUGAAGGUUUUCCAUCAAAUCGAUCUCAGGCAUUAGCCAUGCAAAUUGCUGGAAUUAUACCCAAGCAUUUUGUUUUACUUGAUGCUCCAGAUACUGUUCUCACUGAAAGAGCAUUUGGGAAACGUAUUGAUCCAAUGAAUGGAGACAUCUACCACGAAACAUUUGACCCAGCGGAUGAUAUUGAUGUUGCUAUGAGACUGGUACCUGAUGAAAAUUCAACAGAACCAGCUAUGGUGGAGAGACUUCGUUUGUAUCGCAGGAACAUUGAAGGUGUUGCCGACUGCUACAAGAAAAUUGUAAAAAAAAUCAACGCAGAUCAACCUAAGGCCGAUGUCUUUUCACAAGUAAGCUCGUAUCUGUGUAGUAGCAAAAAAUCUCUGGCGCCUCAUACACCCAAGGUUCUACUCUUGGGGGCAAGCGGAAGUGGUAAAAGUGUCCAAGCAUCGCUUAUUGCUCGUAAAUACAAUAUUAUCAAUGUGGAUUGCGACCUUCUCAUGAAGCAAUCGCUGUUCGAAGACUCGAAAACUGGUGAAGCCAUGAAAUCUUUCAUCGAUACAAAAAUGCAAGUUCCAGAUGACCUAAUAAUGCAAUUACUACGCAAGCGAUUGAGUCAGCUGGAUUGUGUUACCUACGGUUGGGUGUUGCACUCUUUUCCAAAGACACGAGCACAAGCUGAGUGUUUAAAAAAUUCUGGAUUUGAACCAAAUAGAGUAUUGGUUCUCGAUGUUCCUAAAGACACAAUAUUAGAACGUUUGACCAUGCGCAGUACAGAUCCACAGACUGGGGAAAGAUAUCAUCUUCUCUACAAUCCUCCUCGUACCGGUGAAGUUAAGGAUCGGUUGAAAAUGCAUCCGGAAGAUCAAGAAGAGAGAGUUAUCGAUCGUUUUUUAACUUAUCAUGAUCAUAUAGAGGAUGUUACAGAUUUUUACGAAAGAAUUGUACAACAUAUCAACGCAGAUCAAGAUCCACAUACUGUCUUUGAAUGCAUUGAGAGUAUGAUCGUGAAUCCAUUGCCUCGAAAAGAGUAAUAUUUCAGCCAUAUUUAUCGUUGUCAUUAUCACAUAGAUUUUUUUAUACAUUUCUUCGCCGUUUUUCGAUUCGAAACUUGAGUUUAUUGCCUAAGUUAGUUCAAUAUAAUGUCAAAUCAAAUAUUUAUGUUUCAUCUCAUACUUGUGAUUUAGUUUGAUUUUUUUUACAUUACAAAAAUGUUCUACGGUUUUA